GGAGGGACCCCCGGCGCGGCUUCAGAGCCGCGGAGAACCGCCGUGCCGCACUCAUCAGCGAGCGACAUGUCUUCGGCCAGGGCCUCGAGCAGCGGCGUCCUCGAGCUCAACGUGGGCGGCAGUGCGUACGCCACGUCGCUGGACACGGCCCAAUCCAGUCCCGUGCUCGCCGAGCUCGCGGAGUCUGGACCCCGGGACUCCCAGGGCCGCGUGUUCGUAGACCGGGACGGACCCCUGUUCCGCUUCAUCCUCGACUUCCUGCGGUCGGGGCGCCUCCUCCUUCCCGAAGAGUUCCGGGAGCUGGCCAGACUCAAGGCCGAGGCGGAGUACUUCAAGAUGGACACCCUGGUCGCCUGCCUCUCGGCCACGUCCGACCUCCAAGUGUCCGCCAGUUCUCUGAUCCCGUUCCCGGGACAGCCUGGCUACAUCACGCUCGGCUACCGCGGCACCUUCGCCUUCGGGCGCGACGGAUUGGCCGACGUCAAAUUCCGGAAGCUGACCCGCAUCCUCAUCUGCGGCAAGGUGACCGUCUGCAGAGAGGUGUUCGGAGACAGCCUCAACGAGUCGCGUGACCCGGACCGCGGCCAGGAUGACCGUUACACGUCCCGGUUCUUCCUCAAGCACAAUUCGCUCGAGCAGGCCUUCGACAGCCUCCAGGAGUCCAGGUUCCGCUGCGUCUGUGCCUGUGGCUCCGGCACCUCAUGCGGCGGCAGCGGGGAACCGCUCAAGCCCGGCAUGGACUCGGAAGAGAACAGGUGGAACCAUUACAACGAGUUUGUGUUCGUGCGGCCCUAGUGGACCCGCCUCGGAUUAGUCCGACGGCGGCGAGCUGCUGCCCCCUUAGGUGUCCCUCAGAUGUAUCCAGUACCUCCCGGGAAGCCCCGUUAUCUGUAGCCGCCGACUGGUCUUAACUGGUGCUUAUCUGGCGUCUGGUAGCUACCUGGGUUCCGGGGGCUUAGUUGUCGACGCUGGAGAAACCACGAUAGCGGUUCUUGUAACCUUUCCCGUGAUCCGUGUAGCUUUAAUGUCCCUCGUUUCUACAGGCUAGCCUGAACGCUAACACAGUCUGCAGUGGCGAAAAGUGGUCACGUUUGGCGCGGUUUGAAACGGCGUUGAAUGGUGGUGAGUCUGGCUUGUCCGUUCACCGGGUGCAUGUCUUCGUGUUUUGAGAACGCUUUGCGCCAGUAUAGCAAUCUCGCCAAUGCUCUGUAUUAUAGAAAGUGAGAAGCUGAUGUGAUCCAACACCUCGUGCCGUUUUGUUUAUUUUUUUCAGAAUGCACUGGAAUGAAUGCUUUGCUGAUUCAGCAAGGAAUGGCCAAGUUGGUUUGGCUUUCAGAGGCCAAAAUACUGUUAGCUUCGAUUAAUUAAGUACGACUAUAGUGUUUUACCUUGUCUGGUCUCUUGCAAUGAAUUCCCCAUCGUGUUUUGUCUAGUUCAAUAUUGUGCGCGCUGUAAAUAUAUAUAUAGAUAAGUGUCUGUCAAAGCAAAAACAAACACUGAGCAACAAAUUCAAAAUUAAGACUUUUACGACGUUUCUUAUGGGUCGGUAAAACUCUGACCUGACUCUAGAUCAGCAAAUGGCAACUGUAAAUAAAUAACUCGAGCCACUCGAAAAGAAAGCAUCGCGAAUAAAGACUAAUCGAUAGUCAGGUUCUCUAAUAGGAACUUAAUUCCGUAGCCAAUGCGUGUCCAGCUGGACAUCUCCGGAAAGCAACUGAAUAAAUGGCCUGUAUAGCUCGGACCACGCGAGUAACCCAGACGUCGUUUGCCAGUACCAAAGCCUUCCCUUUUUUUAGCGAAACAUUUUCUCCCUGCGUCAUUAGCAUCGACCUGUUCCUUACAUCCCCGUGUGAUAGAUGGCCUCGUACGGUGCGCCGUUCUAGAUCUCUCUACGUGUGAAGUUUUCGCAGUCACAUAUAUUAACAUAUCCUCGACGUACGCAGAAACCCAAAGCUAGAUGAAACGUCUUUAACGAGAUCAAAUACGACAUUGAAAAAAGGAGUUGGAAACAUUAUUAUGCGAGCGACAUUUGUAUUGUAGACGUCUCUCGUAUCAAGCGCGAAAGACAAUCCUCAUGUCAUGAAGAAAAAAAAA